AUGUUGGAACUAUUGGGUCUCUUUCAACUUUCCUCCUCUGAGAACCCAAACAGCCAGCCAUCUGUAGGUGUCCAUUGUCUCAACCUGGGAUUGUUAACAAUGUCAGUACUUUAUCCUUUCCCUUCUGUUUUGGACAUCUUGGGUGAGGACUUCAAAGCCAAGGCUCGCAUGUUCCUUAUAACAUUACUGAUUUUCAACGCAGAUAAAAAUGUUCCUUCGGUGCUUGACUUCUUGCUUGCUGAUGAGCAGAGUGGGUUCUUCCUAAACCAUAAUUCUCAAGCUGGAUACUCUCGUUUCGGUGCUGGAAAUGAUUUCAUGUCUCAGGAAUACAUGAAUCAUGGAUCGCAAGGCCUGUUUACUCAGGCUGGCUUUAAUGACCCUUCGCAAGAUGAUGCAUCACAGAGCCACUUUGGGGUGGCUAAUCCCAACCAGCUUCAGUCCCAGGGUCUGAUGAAUUCUCUGUACUCCCAGCCCUUUGCACACUUCAACACACAGCCAUUAAACUUGCUGCCUCCGCAACAGCAGCAGCCUCAGCAGGGCCAGGGCUCCCAAAACCAACACCUUCAUUAUAAUGGUUAAGAAUAAAGAUGCAGUUGGCUUCAAUGGGUUAUAGUCUUUACAAUCAGCAGUUUGGUUUGUGCUGACCUUGUGUGCCCAAAUAUAUCCUCUCCUCUCAAGUGCAAAAUGUUUGCCAGUUUGAGGUCAGUUUAAUUCAUGAUCAUAGCCUGUAAUAUGAUGUCCAGUUGAUGGGAAUAAAUAGAGAAUGUAGUGAGGAUUAUUAUAUGGGUACAUGACGGGACAAUUGUUCCGACACAGGCGGUGCAUCCAAUGCUGAGAAAGAAAAGGAUAACCCAAAUACCUACUUGGAAGUGUUGCAU